CCCGAGCGGCAGGUUAGGGUGGGAGGGUCAGAGGUCGCCGGGCCAGAAUGCGUUCCUGUGUUGCUAUGUAGUGGAGGGGCACGUGCCCUCCUGCAAAUUCCGGAAGGUUCUUGAGUUCAACUGGGACAGUGGCUGCGGAAUUCCUGGUCUCCGGCCUGAGGUGCCCGCUGGCCGAGCAGAGGCGUCGCGGGCGCUACCAUGUUUGGCUGCCUGGUGGCGGGGAGGCUGGUGCAAACAGCUGCACAGCAAGUGGCAGAGGAUAAAUUUGUUUUUGACUUGCCUGAUUAUGAAAAUAUCAACCAUGUUGUGGUUUUUAUGCUGGGAACAAUCCCAUUUCCUGAGGGGAUGGGAGGAUCUGUCUACUUUUCCUAUCCUGAUUCAAAUGGGGUGCCAGUAUGGCAGCUCCUGGGAUUUGUCACCAACGGGAAGCCAAGUGCCAUCUUCAAAAUAUCAGGUCUUAAAUCUGGCGAAGGAAGCCAGCACCCAUUUGGAGCCAUGAAUAUUGUGCGGACCCCAUCUGUGGCUCAGAUUGGCAUUUCGGUGGAGCUGUUGGACAGUCUGGCUCAGCAGACUCCUGUGGGCAGCGCUGCUGUGUCCUCGGUUGACUCCUUCACGCAGUUCACACAGAAGAUGUUGGACAACUUCUACAAUUUUGCUUCAUCAUUUGCUCUCUCUCAGGCCCAGAUGACACCAAAUCCAUCUGAAAUGUUCAUCCCAGCAAAUGUGGUUCUGAAAUGGUAUGAAAACUUUCAGAGACGACUGGCACAGAACCCUCUCUUUUGGAAAACAUAAUUUGAAUAAAAUAAUUUGUCAUGUCAUUUAAAAGCAUGAAGUCAAAGGGGUCAUGAAGCCUACCUUUCAAAACUGCUCAGUGACUAUGAAACUUACCCAAAACCCCUAUAAACAUUAGAAACACCGAAUGAGGAAAAUGUCCAGUAUUGAUUACCUUUUCCCUUAGAAGUGUGAAAUACUUCUUGGAGGCAAACGUUUUGUAUCGACUGUUACUCAUUUCUUAAAAUAAAACCUACUCACAGUAGUAGUAUUUGAAAUGCCA